AUAAACAGUAGCGUGAUUUUUUUUUAACGACAUGAAGUGCGAAUGUGGACAUGUAAUAAGACUACGGAGAUCUUAUCCAAGUAAAGUAGCCUAUCCCACAGGUACUUACUUCACUUUGAGUAUGGACGUAUAGCUACGAGACUUAGUGACAGUUUUCAUCAGCACCACGCCGCUGCUACUACAACCAUAGCCUACUGCAGCGGGCUUUUAACGAAGAGUGAAAAUACAACAUGGGGUCCAAGUUGACCAGGCAGAGAAGUCUGGACAGUCAAGCCAGUUUUUUCAGGAAGGGUCGCCAGCGCAACUACAGCGCUGGAGACGCCGAGAGAAGUGACAGUCGUGGCAGCGGGGACUUUCUGUUCGCAUCGCUUAUGCUGAAGUCGGAGAAGCUUCCGGGGAUGCUGCGCAGGAACAGCAACAGCAGCCCGUACGUGAGGAGAGUAGCCUGGGUCCGGGACAUACAGAGACUCCUGCGGGAACAGAAGCUGGACCAGGCGGCGGAUGUACUGAAAUUAUUGAGAAAGGAUUUGGGCCUGGAGGGAACGUCUCUCAAUGACAUUUUGUAUAAGAACGCUGCCUUCCUUAACCUGGUGGACCCCAUUUCCCAUGAGCUCCUGCUGAGCUUGGCCCGGGACAUGCAGUGUCCAAAAAGGGAGGCAGAUGCCCUGAAGUCGUCUGAUAAGAUCUGCAGACAGCUGAUCUACCACCUGACGCCGCACUCCAAGUGGACGAGACAGAGCGUGCCCAGAAGGAAGUCCCAGGCCUGUCUGAAGACCACUCUGAAGAAGAAGAUAUCCAACGACAUCGUGGAGCUCUCCGGAAUCCCGCUGUCCGGUCGCGAUGUCCAGCGGGUGGCGCUGUACCUGCAGGACUGCAUCGCGCCGGUCACCGCCGUGGACCUGAGCUUCACCGAGCUCCAGGACGAGAGCCUCCGCCUGCUGCUGCCCCCCCUGAGCGCCCUCCCCAAGCUCACCACCAUCGCCGUCAACGGCAACCGGCUCACCACGGCCGUGCUCAAGGACCUGAUGGAGGCGCUGAAGGAGCGCCGGCGCUUCCCCAAGCUGGCGUGGAUCGACCUGGGCAACAACCUCGACAUCUUCACGCUGCCGCAGCCGCUGCUGGUGUCGCUACGGCGACGCUUCGGGACGCGGAGCAGCCUGCCCACCAUCCACGAGUACGACGCCGACGACGACGACGACGAGGGCAGCGUCGGACACUACCGGCUGGAGAUGUCCACCGAGGAGCCCAGCGUGUUCGAGGAGGACGAGGAGGAGGAGGAGGAGGAGGAGGAGGAGGAGGAAGAGGAGAUGGAGGUAAGACAGGUGGAGGAGAGACUUGUGGAUGUUAGACAGAUGGAUGUUAGACAGGUGGAGGUGAGACAGGUGGAGGACAGACAGGAGAAGAUGCGAGAGGUGCAAAUGAAGACGCCAGAGAAACAGGUGGAGGAGAGAGAGAUGGAGGUGAGACAGGAAGAGGUGAGACAGGUGGAGGUGAGACAGGUGGACUCAAGAGAGAUGGGGGUGAGACAAAUGGAGGCGCAGGAGCCACAGGUGCAGGACAGACAGCAGGAGGUGAGACAGCAGGAGGGGCAGCUGGAGUCGAUGGGCGUGGAGGGAGGUGAGGUGCGGGUGGAGAUGGAGGUGGAGCAUGGUUAUCCACGACCGGGGGGGAACCAGGGAACCAGGGAACCAGGGAACCAGGGAACCACAGUCUGCAGGAGAGCCGUGUCCCUGUAUGGGGGAGUGAAGCCCCACAGCACAGGCAACAGGACGAGGCGAAGAUGA